UAAUGGCUUUUGCUGUUUGACAUCUGUUUCCCAGGAGACUCUGGGAAAUGCAGGGGCAGAGUCCCCAACAGCAGCUGAGGGCUGUGAGGCUAGGUACCUGCUUGUGGAGUUUUUAUCCCGGGGCAAGCUGUGUGCUCAGACUUGACCAUGUUUGGGCAUGGAGGCUCGACCCAGAUGGGACUGAGACUGCUUCCCUGGAGACCAGCUGGGAGACCAAACUUCCUGCUAGAGCUCCCAGGCCUGACUUGGGGUGGGGGUGGGGGUGGGGCGAGUGGAGAGAAACCAUCUGCCAGCCAGCGGAGACCCAGAGAACUAAAUGACUGUUGCCUCCAGUGGCCAUGGGGAAGAAGCUGGUGAUGGCCCAGAAGCGCGGAGAGACACGAGCCCUCUGCCUGGGAGUGGCAAUGGUAGUGUGUGCUGCCAUCACCUACUACGUCCUGGGUACAACUGUGCUGCCCCUCUACCAGAAAAGUGUGUGGACCCAGGAAUCCAUAUGUCACUUGAUUGAAACUAAUAUCAAGGACCAGGAAGAGCUGGAGGGCAAGAAGGUGCCCCAGUACCCAUGCCUUUGGGUCAAUGUAUCAGCUGUGGGCAGAUGGGCCAUGCUGUAUCACACGGAAGACACUCGGGAUCAAAACCAACAGUGCUCCUAUAUCCCCAGGAACCUGGACAACUACCAGACAGCCUUGGCAGAUGUGAAGAAGGUCAGAGCCAAUUUCUAUAAGCACCAUGAAUUCUAUUGCCUUUCUGCACCUCAAGUCAACGAGACCAGCGUCGUGUACCAGCGCCUCUACGGGCCCCAAGUCCUCCUCUUCUCCUUCUUCUGGCCCACCUUCCUGCUGACCGGGGGUCUUAUUCUUAUUGCCAUGGUGAAGCUCAACAGGUCCCUAUCCAUCUUGGCGGCUCAGAAGUAGGCCAGUCCCCUCUGCACCACAGCAGAGACUCACCAAGGAACUGCAGAGUCCCUAGCAGGCUACCCAUCACUCUCUUCCUUUGUCUCCUAUUUCAUUUGUUCAACAUCUUUGGAAAGCUGUUUCUUGCUCAAGAAUGCGUAUCCGAUUCCCAGUGACUUUGGAGGACCAAGAAGCUCCCAGUUACAGCUUCCCAUCCCUGACUUCAGUUGGUUCAUAUCUGUUACCUGCAAUGACGCUGUCUGCUACCAGGAUGAUGAAUAUUGUCACCUCUAUCCCUACGUGCUCUCUCUUAGCUCCCCAAAUACCCACCCAUCACAUUCAGGAUGUUGUCCUUGGCCAAAUUCAGCUUCUUUGAAUUGUCAUAAAAACAAUAAUUCCCAUUGACAGGGCAACUGAAUGUACUGCUUUUUGUUAAGGACAUUAAGUCUCUCUCUCUCUCUCUCUCUCUCUCUCUCUCUCUCUGUGUGUGUGUGUGUGUGUGUCUGUCUCUCUCUCUCUGUCUCUCUCUCUGUCUCUCACACACACACACCUCUAAAAUUUAAAAAUACUGCUAUCCUUCAGUAUCCACAGGGACCAGUUCUGCGACUUGCUCAGAUGUCACAAAUCCCUUCUAUAAAGUGAUGCAGUCUCGGUUGCGGAAGCUCUGUCCACCUUUCUCCAUGCUGCAGUGUCUCCAGAUGACUAGUAAACACCCACUACAGCGUCAGUGCUGAAAAUGAUUUCAUUCUAGGGACCAAUGAUGGGGAAGGGUCCGUCCAUGCUCACAGCAGAUGCAAUUAUUACCCAAAUACUUUCAAUCUGCCCUUGAUUGAAUCCAAUGGGGCAGAACCUGCCGAUACAGAUCCAAGCAUAUACAUACACACAGGAAAAAAAAGUCUACGAGGAAAUAAAUACAAAUGCCUCAAAAUAUUAACCAUGGCAUGGUGGUUAAUUUUAAUUUUCUUCCUUAACCCCGCUCCAUUUUCUUUUGUUAUUUUCAUUCUUCAAUAAUAGGAAGAUCAUACAGUGUUUUGUUUUGUUUUAAUCAGAAAAGUAAUACAUAGCUGUUAUUUUGGAAAAUAUUGAAAGGGACAGCCUUUAGGGAGAUGAGGAUGGGCUUCGAGAGGCUGUUUCUCCCAUCAGAGACAAGCUGGGAAGACACAGUUGUUAGGCCCCCUGGAUGGAAGGAAGGCGCUUACUUAGUUGAGCAUUUGUAGCUUCCUGUUGCUGAUGCUUUCACCAUGUCCCCUAUAAACACAGGUGUUGGGCAUUUGACACAGUUAAUGUUCACAGCAUUCAGAUGCAAUCGGGGUUAGAAUGAUGCCCCUAAGAUGGCACCGUUGGCUUUACAGGCACAGUAAGAGAGAAAGAGGCAAGACCUGAGGUAACAGGUUGUGCUGCCGUGCCUUUUGGUGUUCUCUCCACAUGCAGAUGAUGUCACCACACUGGAUUUGACACUUCUCUCCAGGCAGCCCUGAUGUCGCCUGUGGCCCUCCAGUUUCUUAUCCGUGGCCCCUCCUCUCAAGGAAAAAUAGCUCAUCAUUCCCCAAGGCAUCUCCCUCCAAGGUCAGGAAAGCCAUAUUCUGACAUUAUGGUAGAGUUUGCAAGAUGCUACCACCGGGGAGAUUCACAUGUGGCUAGCAGGGCUCUUUCUUACAACUACCAUAUAAAUCUAUAAUUAUCUCCCAAAUUUGAAUUCAACUUAAAAAGAGAAACCAAAGGUUCCAAAAGGGAGUCUGGCUUUAAGGGGUUGCUUUAUGAAGGUUUCCAGGUCCCUGCGUUUGGGGCUGAAAGACAGAAAAACUCAGAAUAUCCAAACAGCAGGAGAAAAGGACACACCCUUCUAGAAGAAUCAGUGUGCAGGGAUGCCCAGCUCCCUUGCCCCAUGCAUUAGUCAUGACGACCUUCGUUUCCUUUGGGAAAAUUUUUGCCGUCCUGUCAACAAGGACUGGCCUACUUCCAUCAAAAGCCACACCCAUCCGUGGUCACAGAACUGCAUGGGCAGCGUGAGUGUGAAACUGUGGGCAUUUGAGCGUGAUGGACUUAGAGGUGGGAGAAAGAUGAUCUUGGCAGCAAUGGCUGCCUGGGAACAGAGAGGCCUCCCCUGUCCUGAAUAGGUCACUGCUAAUGAGUGUCAGGUGCUUUCUGUAUUCUUGCAUUGAUUCUUAUAGGCCAUGACUCAUGUCUGCAAAGGAGUACCCGGUCCAUUUCUCAGGUGUCCUUUUUUCCUAAAUCGGCCUCCACAUGGGGAUCAGAGUCAUCAGGACCCCUGGGCUUCUGAUCUAAUGUAGAAAGGAUCCCUGUGAGAUGCUCUAAUAAUGCCAGGCCUCACACAGCUCCAGCUCUUCAGCCAAGGCUGUGACUCAAUUCAUGACUUGAAGAAAGCCGGCCUCUUCCAUGUGUGAAUGUUACAAGGGAAAAGCUUGUUCUGUGCUCUCUAAUGGCUGAAGCCUGGAAGGGCCAGGGAUAUGAGUCAGGUGUAUGGAUGCCUUCAAGGAGCUGUCUAUUUUCCUGCUCUGCCCCCAACCCCAUCACCGUCACUGUGGUCGCUUCUUCGUGGUAAAGAACCAGAUUGCAUUUAAAAUCAUGUAAUAUAAAAAUCUUAAUUUUUGUGAUUCACCAAAAUGAUUCCAAGUUCCUCAUUAAAACAGUAAUUCUCAAUCUGUAGGUUGCGACCCCUCCAGGUAUUGAAUAACCCUUUUCACAGGAGUCACCUAAGACUAUUGGAAAGCACAGAUAUUUACAUUACAAUUCAUAACAGUAGCCCUUGGGUAAGGAUACUGAGAUGGAAAUCUCAUCUUUUCUUAACUGUUCUCGUAAAAAUAUGUUGUCAGACAUUCCAGAUCAAGGCAGCAUGAUAUACAUAUCAUAGCUGAUCAAAUAUGGAACACUGAUUGGAGUCCAGCUGCUUGGUUAACUAGACAUUAAAUAUAUUUUCAAAAAUUAUACAACAGAGGCAGGAGAGAUGCCUCAGUGGCUAAGGGUGUGUGUGUGGCUCUUGCAGAUGACCUGGGUCUGAUUCUCAGCGCCUACAUCAGGUAGCUCACAGCUGUCUGUAACUCCAGCUGCAGGGAGGUUGAUACCUCUCGGUUCCAUGGGCACCUGCACUCAAGUGCACACACAUGUGUACACACACACACACACACACACACACACACACACUUAAAAAUAAAAAUAAAUCUUUUAAAAUGCAAAACGAUAAGCUUUCUCUUGGUUGGAAGGUAAAAUUAUUUUUCAUAAAAUAUUUUUGUAACAUGUGAUAGGUUUAUUACUUUGAAAUAAAGCAAGUGAAAUG